AUGAACCAUAAAAGCUUGGGACAUGUACUACAUAAAUCUUGUCAAAGCCUGUUGAAGCUGAAGCAAAUCCAUGGCCAAUCCAUCAUACUCGGCAUCUACAAUCACCACCAACACUUCACCUGCAAAUUGCUCAACUCCUACUUAAAACUAGGCCAACCACUCCUAGCCCACACUGUCUUCUCUCACAUUCAAAAUCCAGACGUUGUGUCCUUGACUUGCCUCAUCUCCAUCUACCUCCACCUUCAACUUCCCACCAAUGCCUUCUCUGUCUUCUCCCAUUUGGUCCUCUCUGGUCUCAAACCUGAUGGCUUUUCCAUGGUCGCUGCUCUCUCCGCUUGUGGCCGUAUGGGAGACCUCAACAGUGGCAAGAUAGUUCAUGCCAUGGCCUUCAGGUUUGAAUUCUGGGGUGGGUCUGAACCACCCAUUUUGGGUAAUGCCCUGAUCGACAUGUACAGCCGAAACAAGCGAAUUCAAUCAGCUCAAACGGUGUUUGAAGCAAUGGAAAUCAAAGAUGUUGCUUCUUGGACCAGCCUGCUUAGUGGUUAUGUCAAGUGCAACGAUCUUGAACAUGCUCGCCACUUGUUUGAUAUAAUGCCGCAUAGGAAUGUUAUUUCUUGGACUGCUAUGAUUGUGGGCUACGUCAAUGGGGACUCCCCAAUUCGGGCACUGGAAUUGUUUCGGGAGAUGAUGAGAGCAGAUGGCGAAGAAGAUUACCCAACUGCUGUUACAAUUGUUGCUGUCCUCUCGGGUUGUGCUGAUAUUGGAGCUUUUGAUCUUGGCAUGUCAAUACAUGGUUACGUGAACAAAACCAAUCUGAUUGUGGAUGUGGUGGUGAAUAAUGCUCUUGUAGAUUUGUAUUCCAAGAGUGGAAGCCUUGAUUUGGCAGUAAAAAUCUUUGAUGAGACAAGGAGAAAGGAUGUGUUUUCAUGGACGACUAUGAUAUCUGGACUCGCACUUCACGGUAAAGGCAGGGAAGCACUUGAGGUUUUCACUAAAAUGUUGGAAUUGGGGCUCACCCCAAAUGAAGUUACUUUUCUAUCGGUGCUAUCUGCUUGUAGCCAUGCUGGCUUUGUCGUUGAGGGGAAGAGGUUGUUCAAGAGAUUGAUUGAAUGCUAUGGUUUGAAACCCAAGAUAGAGCAUUAUGGUUGUAUGGUGGAUCUUCUUGGCCGAGCAGGGCUGCUAGAAGAAGCGGCAGAGUUCAUUGAACGGAUGCCCAUAAAUCCAGAUGCUGUGAUCUGGAGAUCACUUUUGAGCGCUUGCUUGGGACGCGGGAAUUUGAAAUUAGCUGAAAUGGCAGGAAAGAAGAUAGUUGAAUUAGAACCUGAUGAUGAUGGAGUGUAUAUACUUCUAUGGAAUAUAUAUUGCUCUGAGAAUAGGUGGGAAGAUGCAUUGAAGACGAGGAAAAUGAUGAGAGAUCUAAAGAUUAAGAAAAGGCCUGGGUGUAGUUGGAUUGAGGUGAAUGGUGUUGUACAUGAAUUCCUUGCUGAAGAUACAGUUCAUCAUGUCUACCAAGAAAUAUACAUUCUUCUAGAUGUAAUCAAUAAGCAAUCAAAACUGGAUUGUGAUCUCACUAGCUUAGAAUAA